AUGGGGAGUUUUCCACCCCUGCUGCUCUUGCUGGCACUGCCAGAAUCUUGCGUGGCAAGAGAAGACACACAAGUGUUUCUGCAUAGAGAGAGAGAGUCCUCCAGAGCUAACUGCUCAUAUAAACACAAGAAUUUACAUGAGAAGAAUUUUUGGUGCAAGGAGCUGUCAGAAAAGUCUUGUUGAGUCUUAGCCUUGAGUUCCCCUUUAAAAGAAGGGAUUAACCUUAACCAUGCAGUGCAUCGUUCAGACUGGACCUGGCUGGAUUUCUGGGGUCCUGACAGGGAGAAUUCUGACACAUUGCAGUGGGGGGUGGGGGGUGAGCUGAAGAAUACCCUGCUGCAAAGAAUGCAGGUGGUGGUUUCACGUGGGGUACUUGUAAGGUUGUGUGCAAAGAAACCAGGGAAUUCCCUGUCCCAGGAUUGCUCCUGUUCUGUGAUAGCAAACAUCAGGAAACCUCAACACUUUAGUUGGUGCAAAAUGGUGUCCCGAAUUAGAUGUCAACCUAUUAUCAGAGGUAACUCUGAUCAAAGUAUUGUUAAAGUAGGAAGGACUGCAGUGAUGAAUGACUGCUCGUGGAGGAUGAUUAGAGUGUGGCUGAAAAAGCUCCAACUUAAUGACUCAGGAGAAUAUCAUCUUGAGAGCCUUUUCCAGGGGAGAAACAAACUACUGAAUAGAAUCAUGCUGGAAGAGCACAGGACUCUCCACACCCUCAUGGUGCUGAGCUCCUUGCUGCCUACAGCUGCUCUGGUUGCUACUGUUAUACUCCUCAUCAUCACUGACACCAGAAGGGAAAGGGCAGGUAAAGACGGAAGAAACAAGGCAAGUGGAAUGCCAGAAGGGGAACUGAAUAACAGGACAUAUAUUGCUGUCAUAAGACACCAACCUCAGCUGCAGGCUGGAGAUGUUAUAUAUGUCAACACACAACCUUCACCAGAAGUUUUCUUCCACAUUCAAGCAAGCAAUUCAGCUUCCUCAGGGCCUGUGGAAUACGUUUCUGUUAUCUUCAGAGCCACAACUCCACGUUCUGGAACUGAAAAAGAGAAAAAGAGGUCCAGCUAA